UCCGACCCUUUAAUGGCACUCCGCUCCUAUAUAAAUACAACUCAACUUACUCAGGCGAGUAAGAAAUAUUAAUCCAUUGUCACCAUGCCCUCCACGUUCACUCACGAGUUCAAUACGCCCACUUUCAAAGCAAAAGUUUCAUUCAGCACAGGUCUUUUCAUUAAUGGCCAGUUCCUGAAUGGAUCAGACAAUACCACCAUCGAGUAUGAUCUACCCCUAUCACUGAUCGAGCGCUUCUUACUGACCUCGACGAUUUUAGUGUCAUCAACCCGAGUACCAAAUGGAAAGGUGAUAACGUCCGUAUCCGAGGCUACGCCCAAGGAUGUCGACCUUGCCGUCGACGCUGCGCAUAAAGCCUUCGACACCACCUGGGGUCUUCAUGCGCCCGGUGCUCAGCGUAGCAUUUUGAUGUCGAAGCUUGUUACCCUCAUGGAGAAGAAUGCUGAUGAGCUUGCCGCUCUGGAGGCAUUGGACAAUGGCAAGACUUUCAAAUGGGCAAGAAAUGCUGAUGUCGCUGGUGCCAUCGAUUGCAUUCGCUACUAUGCUGGUUGGGCCGAUAAGGUUACUGGUCAAGUACAAGAGACCACCGAGGACAAGCUCACCUACACUCGUCACGAGCCCAUUGGUGUUGUUGUAAAAUUCACACCCCUGACUGCCAUCCGAAUGUGCCAUCUUAUUAAUGAGGCUGGCUUCCCACCUGGAGUAGUCAACGUCCUCACUGGUUACGGAAACACUGUCGGUAAUGCCAUCUCUUCACAUAUGAAGGUAGAGAAGGUCGCCUUCACUGGCUCAACCCUUGUUGGUCGCAAGAUUAUGGAGGCUGCUGCCAAGAGCAACCUCAAGAACGUCACCCUCGAGCUCGGUGGAAAGAGUCCGAACAUCAUUUUUGACGAUGCAGACAUCGAACAAGCUGUUAACUGGGCUGCAUUCGGUAUCUUCUGGAAUCACGGCCAAACGUGUUGCGCAGGUUCGCGUAUCUACGUGCAAGAAGGCAUCCAUGACGAAUUCCUCAAGCGUUUCACGGAGAAAACUCGGUCGCUCAAGGUCGGCGACCCAUUUGCCCCUGAUACUUUCCAGGGUCCUCAGGUCUCGGAAGUUCAAUUCAACCGUAUCAUGUCUUACAUUGAGUCCGGAAAGUCGGCUGGUGCCAAGGUUGAGGUUGGUGGUGAGCGUCAUGGAAGUGAGGGUUACUUCAUCAAGCCUACCAUCUUCACCAAUGUCGAUCCAUCGAUGAAGAUUGUCCAAGAGGAAAUUUUCGGUCCUGUUGGUGUUGUCAUCAAGUUCAAGGAUGAGGAAGAUGUGAUCAAGCAGGCAAACGAUACAGUCUACGGUCUUGCUGCUGCCGUUUUCACCCAGAACCUGAACCGUGCUAUCAACACUGCACACAGACUCAAGGCUGGAACCGCAUGGAUCAACUGCGUUAACUCAUUGAACUCUAACGUACCAUUCGGCGGUUUCAAGCAGAGCGGUAUUGGUCGUGAGCUUGGCGAGUACGCCCUCUCCAAUUACACUGCAGUGAAGUCUGUUCACGUCAACCUCGGCCACAGGAUGUGAGCCAGGGAAAAUGUCAUUUAGCAGGGUGCAGGUUUGAGCCUAAUGCACGUGUAGUAUCUUGAGCUCUCAUUGUAUUUACUAUCAUGUUACAAAAAUCGACGCAUGUAAAAUUUGAAUUCUCAUUAGCGGAAGAGAUCAGAAAAAGUUCAGAGAAUUAAACAUAGCGCACUCGAAUAACUAGAGCUUGGGCCUUAAUGACAAGAACUUCGAAGACUCCUUUGAUUUGGUCAUUCCCGCUUUGACUGACUGCUGUAAGUCCGUAGCCUGAAGCGCAGCUGAAUUCCAAGUUGCCGUGUACUCCAAAUUCUCAGCAACGCU